ACGACAGUAUCAUAGGCUUCAAGUCCCUGAAGAGCCUCAACAAGUUCUUGGGGGCAUUACAUGUUCGGCCUCCAUCCACAUCUUCAGCGAAUCUACCGCCCACUAGGUUUUAGACGUUUCAGCAAUAUGUCUCGCCGGUCGCAUCCCUCUUCUCCUGACUCCUCUCCUCGGACGGCCAAAAGGCAAAAACGUGAGCAUACGCCACUAAGUCCUGAUGACUACAAGGGCGGCUUGAUGCUCGCCCCGAUGGUCAGGUCUGGCGCCUUGCCUACUCGUCUGUAUGCUCUGAAACACGGUGCAAAACUCGUAUGGGGUCCAGAAACUGUCGAUAAGGCCAUUCUUCAUACGACUCGGGUUGUAGAUCCCGUGACAGGUGUGGUCGCGUACCACGGUAAAUCCAAGCCAAUAUUCACUUGCCAUCCUAUCGAGAAGCCUUUCCUCAUAUACCAAAUUGGCUCCGCCGAUCCUGAGCUCGCGGUUCAGGCAGCCAAGAUGGUCCAGCAGGACGUCGCCGGAUUCGACCUCAAUUGCGGGUGUCCCAAACCGUUCUCGACGCACUCCGGCAUGGGUGCCGCUCUGCUCACAACCCCCGAUCUAUUGUGCUCUAUCCUCACUGCACUGCGGGAAGCGAUGCCUCCUGAGAUCUCAAUAUCUGCCAAGAUCCGGCUACUUCCCUCGCAAGAGGACACCCUGAAGCUGGUCGAACGCAUCGUCAAUACUGGCAUUUCUUGCCUGACCGUGCAUUGCCGGACGCGGAAUAUGCGGAUGAGGGAAAAGGCGGUCAUUGAGCGGUUGCGGGAAAUCGUUGACUUCGUGGAGAAGAUGGGUAAAGGCAUUGCAGUCAUCGAGAACGGCGACUGCUUGGGGUACGAGGACUCGAAGCGCGUCCGUCAGGUCACAGGCGCACAUUCAGUUAUGAUCGCUACUGCGGCAGAGGCCAACCCGACAUGCUUCUCGCCCACCCCACUGAAGGACCUCGAGUUGACCUUUGUGCCUGGAUAUAUACGUCUCGGUAAAUACCUCAACAAUCACUGGUCCUCUACGAAGUUCUGCGCGACACAGUUCCAAGGCGCGCACGACAAAGCUAGCCGUACUGACCUCAAGGCUCUUCGCGAGGCCAUCGUUCACGCAAAGGGGUAUGAGGACAUGGAACAAUACGUCGCACCAUGGACGGGCGAGCAGGAAUUCACGGAGAUCGUUGAGGCGAUCGAGAAGCGCGGCGGCCAGCGCGCGCCACCGAUGCCAGUACCAUGGGAGGACGUCGUGGUUGCUCCGCUCGAGGCGAUUGAAGAGAACGGGCAGCUGCAGGACACGGAGGUAGUCGCGCGUCUGCACGAACCUCGUUCAGAUGGGGCAGCCACUGCACCAUUCGUUCGGGGCGCUGUGUUGGGUUUGGAGAUCCCUUCGGUUGGCGGCGGCGGCGAGACGAUCGCUGUUCAGUGAAAAUACCUGACGCGCUGCAAUCUCUUCGCUCCUCAUAUUCUAUGUUACAAUGUAGCGUAAUGAGUCACUCUUCACUGUAUCAAAUAGCACUCAACGCCUCUCCUCUGCGAUACUAUACG